CGACCUCAGGGCCCUGUUUGCCUGCACAUUUUAUGCUUGCUGAAAACGUGACGCUGUUCGUGGUUGGGUCAGACAGCGACGAGUUAAGAGAGAGGCACGGAAUCGCUACUGUGGUUUGGAGUGUCGAGCGCUACCGGUAUUGUCUACAGAAGAAGCUGUCGCUGUUCGGAUUAGCAGAUAGACACGAUGUAUCUCUGCAGGGUCGCUUUUUACAACCUGGCGCCCGCGGCGAAGAUCUCAUUCUCUUCGCGAUUACUUCGGAACGCGUAUAGGACUGGGAUCCGCCAAAUGUCUUCCGGUGGUCAUUCAGGUUCCUCAGGCGAGAACGUGUUUUAUGCUCUGAUGGUCGGUGGAGUGUUUGCAGGCGCGGGCCUUUAUGCAUACAAAGUUCUCCAAGAGGACAAAGUCAGGUACAACGACAGAAUUGCAGAGCUAAUGGAGCGUCCAAAGAGCAUCCAGAGUGAGUCCGAAGAGAUGCCUCAGGAUCUUCAACCCAAGAGUACAGAGAAAGUUGGUGAGUACCCAAUAAUCAAUUGACCUUAAUAUGUAAUUUAUAGUGAAUUGCCUGGAGUAACUAUAGAUAGCAUUCUUAAAUAUUCGCAGAAAUGCCUACUUAAAACCAUGCAUGAUUGAAGAUGCCAACACGGCUAGUUGUUAAGGCAUGAUUAGUUUAAGGUUUGCUUAUUAAUAUGCAGUUAAAUGCAUCUGGGUCUAUAUUGCACAAUCUCUGGCUUAUGUAGUAUGUUGGAAGUUUUAGUUUGGGAUGUGCUGAAAACAUAAAUGCUGUAGGUAACACUAACAAAAUUAGCAUACACAUUGAGGUUUUUAAAGAAGUAGUAUAAUGUACUUUGCACAAGAAACAUUUUUGUGAAUGCAUAUCAAAACCGUAAGACACAUUUCACUUAACCACAGGUUAAAUAAAACUGAUAUGCGUCAAUGGCAUCAAUUCCAACAUUCUUGGGAUAAACAUUAUUUAUAAAAUUUGUUUCUGUGAUUUGGAAUGUUAGUCCUCACAAUCUUUCUUUGGUCCCAAAAACCGGAUAUUCCCAGUGGAUGUCAAUGGAACAAGACUUCCUUUCUACCAUCCAGAGAAAGUCCAUGCAAAACCCUGUCCCCAUCUCACAGAAAACUUGGGAUUCCCAUAUACAUAAGUUCCUUAGCAACCUACUCCUUUACUUCUUACUUAACUCCCAAAGGCAGACAAAAGAUUAUGGAUAUUUUUAGGUAAAAAUGUUUUAAAAACCAAGUUAUAAAAAAUGGCAUACACUUGAGAUUAUGAGUAUACUGUAACACCAACAUAAAUGUGCAUAUACAUACAAAAUUUGAUAUAAGCAUGCUUGAUAAAUUCUGAACUCAAGAGCUCCAUUAUUAAUUGGGGAAGUGGGGUGUCCAACAUUUUUACCUAUGGUGAUAUAAUAAUAACCUUUCAGACAUUGAGAAGUAAUAUUUUAAAUCUAAUGAAAUAACAAUGGUAAGUUUUGAAAGUGUACUUAAAAAUUGGAUCAAAUUGUCCCUUAAUAUUUGAAAGAAAAAAAUAGCAGUAAAGAUCUUCCAUUUUCACUCUGGGUGGCACAGUAGUGUAGUGGUUAGUGUAAUGCUAUUACUGUGUUAGUGACCCGGAUUCAAUUCUGCUGUCUGUAAGGAGAUUGUUUGUUCUCUCCAUGACCGUGAGGGUUUCCUCUGGACAUUCCAGUUUCCUCAGUUUUCUUCCACAUUCCAAAGACAUACGAGUUAGUAGGUUAAUUGAUCACACAUGAGUAAUUGGACAGUACAGGCUCAUUGGGUAGGAAGGGCCUGUCUCUAUGUAAAUUCUUUUUGAGUUGGAAAACUUCAUUUUUGCUACUUUUAUUCUUCCCAGUUUCUAAGUACAGGUGUUCCCCCCCCACUUUACAAAGGUAGAGUGUUCCUAUGAAACCUUUCUUAAGCUGAAAUGGCAUAAAGUGAAGAACCAUUAAUUUAUAUGGGAAAAAUUUUCUUGAAAGCAAAAAUCCUCUUUGUAAUGCGAAAACAGGUUACAAAUGUAGGUCUUUUGUAAAAGCAAAGCUGCGUAAAGUGAACAUUUGUAAAGCGGGGGACACCUGCUAUGAUAAGCGGUUAGUUCAGUGACAGGUACAUGUAUAGGAAAGGCUUAGAGGGAUCUGGGUCAAAUACAAGCAAAUUGGGCCAGUUUAGAUAGGCAGCUUGGUUGGUUGGCAUGGACAAUUUGUGCUUAAGGAUUUGUUUCCAUGCAGUAUGACUUGACAACGGGAAGCGAAUGGAAGAUUAUCAACCAUGUACAGGCGGGUGUGCAGGUUAAAUUGGCGUCAUGGUAACAAUGCGUAUUGCAGGCCAAAGGGCUGGCCCCUGUUCUGCACUGUACUAUGUUACUAAAGGGUUAAGAUCAUGGGUUAAUUUUGAGAAUAUAGCUUUCUUGUUUUCUUCUUUUUGUCUAUGCAGGCAACUUGCUUGUUACAGGGGAUGGUGUUGUGUUUCUAGAAAAAACGUUCUUAAUGGUAUCAUGAUUUUCUGUAAAGUGAAACCACAUCAUCUGAGACUGUAUCAAAAAACACAAGAUGAAAAAUAUAAAUUAUGUGUUUACUUAUUUACUUUUUUAUUUGGACUUCCUCUUCAGCACUUAUUAAAUGUUGUUCUUUAUUGUACACUUUACAGAAUAAAAUGCCAAGAAUACAACAGUCUAAAUGUGGAUGUAUAGUUGGACACCAGGGGUAGAUCUCUUGUAUUUUUCUCAUUCCUAUGGAAAUUCAUUUGAACUGAAUGACUGCUUACUUAUUUGCCAACAUUGCUUUAAGACAUUUUAAUUUAUGUAAGAUAUAGAGCAUCAAAAUGAAAGUACCUCAUUAAAGUGCAUUUUUUAUAAAUAAUGCAUUUAUUCACUUAGUUUAUUUUAAAGCUGAGCAUAUUUUCCAUAUCUGUCUUUAUGUUUAUCAUCCUGCAUUGUACUCUAAUUCAGUAAUCCCUUUCAAGCCAACUGAUAAACCAUCAUGCAUUGUUACUUAUUUCCUCACUGAUGUUAAAUUUGUAUAAAAUGCAGGCACAUUAACAUUUCCCCUAACUAUAACAUUCUUCAUGUAACUUACAAGAACACUUCAUAAAGAGGGGAAUUACUGUAUGUCAGUGCUGUUGCCUGCCCUUUCCUUUGAUUAAGGCUAAUGACUGUCAAUUGCAAAUUUUAAGAACAAAACUGCUUGCCUUUUGCAUGCUGCACAGACGUAUAAAUAAUCUAUUUUCUGUGCUUUUGGUUUUGAAUGGACAUAUCACUCUGCUGUCAUCAUGGGUUAGCUUAACGGGCUUCAUUGCUUGGAGGUUUAGCAAGUGAUGCAGUGCUGUUUGCUUUGGCGAUUUCUUCUGUGGCAUUCCUCAACAUAUUCAACAACUGUUCCUCCAAUUGCUCAUUAUAACCAAAAUACCUUUUCUCUCCAAUUUUCUCCUUGCUUAUCACUUCCCAGUGUUGAAUCAUGUUAGGGUAUGGCCCUGUUCACACUUGCUUUUUUCCCUGGCUUAGCAUAUCAAUAUGGCCAUUCUACUGUGAGACAGUGGUGGCAUCUGUUAGUCUUUCGAGACCAUGGAUCUGCACCUGGAAUGGUUUCCAGGGUGCAGGCCUGGGCAAAGUUGUAUGGAAGACCAGCAGUUGCCCAUGCAGCAAGUUUCCCCUCUCCACGACACCGAUGUUGUCCAAGGGAAGGGCAAGGGCCAAUACAGCUUGGCACCAGUGUCAUUGCAGGAGUUGCCAGAAUGAGGUUGAAGGCAACGUCAGACUGCCUUAGGGACUCCAGCUUCGGAUUUGCCCUCAGGGUUUACUCCCAAAGCCUUUCCCAUGAGAGGGUAUGGCCGCAAGGCAGCGGAGGUUUGAAAUCAGAGUUUUCCCUCUCUUAGAUGGACUGCCUUCCCAGGCUGACAAGCUUCAUCUAUGUGAAGCACUGGUUUUAAGGCGCCAGGACCCGUCUUUGCCCCUUCUCCUGUCAGUAGAAACAGUUCCACAGGGCUUAAGAGGCUAAGCCACACGAGAAGGCCAGGAGCUGGACUUGGUUGUCAGAGGCUAUUUGAGUCGCAUGCCAUGAGGAGAACUUUUAGGUAGUGGGAGCUUGUCCCCACUACCACUCCUCGGCUUGACAACCUUGGAAAAGCUUUAUAUAUGAUCUGUUAUUAAACCACCCAAACCUUA